CUCACAUAUAUAUCACGGCCGACCUCAAACAACAGCAGGCGAUUCUUGUACUGCAUGCUACCUUUGUCUGUGAAUCCCAGCACAGCAGCUAACGGCCCACAUAAAGGGCCAUCGCCCAAUCUCACAGCGACAGGUUUCAAUCCCACAGGACUGUCAUCGCCAAACCCGGGCAAAGCAACAGCACAGUAGCCGUAGCUGGGAGGCCAGGCGCAUCAGGCGUGGGGUAGGACGGGGUGCAACGCGCCGAACUCUCGCGCAUCGCAACAAGCGGCGACUGAGCGACCCAUCAGGUGCCUUUGACAGCCAACGAGACGCAAUGGGUGUGCGGCCAUCCAGCAACGGCCGCGUGGCAGGCCCAGUCCUCGAGCAGACCGAUGGCCAUGCCAGACGUGCCUCGUUUGCCCGACGCCUUGCGCAGGAGGCUGGACCAUCCGUGGCUUCUGCUGCGGUCAUGCUCGCCCUCAUCUUUGGUGGUUGCUGCUCAAAUGUUUAUGCGCUUGAGGCCAUCAUCAACUUCGAGCGGUCAAGCGGCACCCUGCUCACUUUCGUUCAGUUCGCCUUCGUGGCGUUGACGGGCUACGUCGGUCAAUUCGACAAGACCCGGCCGCCAUUCUUUAUUGCGCCUGCAAAGGUGCCCCUUAGACGCUGGCUUGUCAAUAUCGUACUUUUCUUCAGCAUCAACGUGCUCAACAAUCACGCCUUCAGCUAUGAUAUCUCGGUACCUGUUCAUAUCAUCCUGCGGUCCGGCGGCAGCAUCACUACCAUGAUCGCGGGAUAUCUUUAUGGCAAGCGCUACUCACGAACACAGGCCCUGGCCGUGGUCUUCCUAAGCUUCGGGGUUGUCCUUGCCGCCUGGUCCGAUGCAAAGGAAAAGUCCACCGGUACAAGGGACGAGCCGUCGUCGCGGCGGCCACCAUUCAACCAAGGGCUUUUGAUCCUCUUCGUGGCACAGCUUCUGUCGGCCGUCAUGGGGUUGUACACUGAGGCCACAUACCAGCGAUACGGGCCACAGUGGCGGGAAAAUCUGUUCUACUCGCACAUUCUAUCACUGCCCUUGUUUCUGCCAUUUGCGCCAUCGAUGGCGCGCACGUUGGGACGCAUGGCGACGAGCAGGCCCCUGCCGAUACCGCUCCCGUUAGUUGGCGAGGUGCCGAGCCAGCUGCUUUACCUGGCUACGAAUGUUCUGACGCAGUACGCAUGUAUUCGGGGCGUCAACCUGCUCGCUGCAGCGUCUUCCGCACUGACGGUCACUAUCGUGCUCAAUAUUCGCAAGCUAGUCAGCCUACUGCUCAGUAUCUGGCUGUUUGGGAACUCGCUGGCCCAGGGGACUUUGCUCGGCGCUGUGGUGGUAUUUGGUUCGGGGGCGCUCUACACGAUGGGCUCGCGGCCGCGGAAGCCAACCGCGGCAAACGAAGCGGGUAACGGGGACGCUCUGAAAACCAAGAAGGAGAUAUAGGUUAUAGAGCGGAACGAGCCGCGUUGCCAGUGGCAUUCGUGUUAUGGACAUGAUCGAGAGGAGACAGCUAGCGCCGGCGGGGAAGGGAUCGUUGGCCAUGGUCAAUACUAUACUAACCUACUUCGUAGACACGUACGUAUUUACGUCCUACUUUGCCUGCGCUGGCUGGUGCUUGCCCGUCGAUGCGUGUUGAUGCUGCUCAUCGGUGCCGGGGGGGCGACGCGGUGUCGGCUUGGUGCGGUGGAGUCUGGCUGGCGAUCCGAAAGAGGGCUGGGGGUCGCUGGAGUCGGCAGCCCAACUUGGCAG